AUGCCUCCCCGUGUAGCGCGCAGUUCGCUCCAGAGCGCCGCGCCGCCCAAGCAAAAAGGUCGUGCGCCCGGCGAGCGAAACAGCAAGAAAGCCAGCAAGCGCGCGCUCAACGCCUUCGCCAUCGCGCAGUACGAUCACCCGGAGAAGACGAAAAUCCGCAAGAACCGCCUCGGCGAGCUGGACCCCAGUUUCCACAAGAAGCGCGCGCGCGACGACGACGACGACGACGACGAGGACGAGGACGAGGAUGACGAGGAGGGCGGGAGCAGGAAGAAGGUGAAGAGACGCGGGGGAGAUGACAGCUAUGACGAGGGGAGCGAUAGCGAGGGGAAUACGUGGACCAUGGGCCAUGUGAACGAUGACGACGACGAGGAUAUCGACUCGGACGAGGCGUUUGGCGAGAGCGAUGAGGAGCGCUUUGAGGGGUACAGCUUCCGCGGGAGCAGCAAGAACGGCAAGAACCUCAAGGUCAAGAAGAAGGGCAAGAUUGUCAACGAGGGGGAGAGCGAUGUCGAUAUGGACGAGAGUGAGGAGGAAGAAGAGGAGGCGGACGACUUUGGAGAGGAGGGCAUCGAUCUGGCCACCGCCCUCGACCAGUAUGAAGAAGAUGAGCGCGAGGAGAAGAAGGACAAGGCGCGGAAAAAGAAGAACAAGGCCGAUUUUGGGAGCGAUAGUGAAGAGCCGAGCGAGGGGGAGGAUGUGGCAAACCACGGCGCGACUGAUCUGUCCAGCGACGACGAAGAUGACGAGGAAGACCGCCAGGCACAGUUAAACGAUCUCAUCUCGUCGCUCGCUGCAGGAGACGAGGGCAAGUCCAAGGGCAAGCGCGUCGAAGUCCACGAGUCUGCGGCACCAGACGAGUUUGGCGUGUCUCGAAAGGUCGACCUACUCAGCUUCAAGCCCAAGACCGCCGACGAGGAGAAGAAGCGCGCACUCAAGCUGCUGCGGGACGACAAGACAACAAAGCGCAACGACAUUGCGCGAAAGCUCGACGCACCUCUGCCAAAGCGACAGCAGGACAAGCUCGAUCGCGCGGCCGCCAACGCCAAAGCCAACGAGACCCUCGACCGCUGGACCGACACCAUCAAGCAGAACCGCCGCGCUGAGCACCUGUCCUUCCCGCUGCAGCACAAAGACGCCGGCAAGGCCAUGGGUGAAGACCGCCUCCUACCCACCACCACCUCCGCGCCCGCCAAUGACCUCGAGAGCACGAUCCAGUCCAUCCUCCAGCAGAGCGGCCUUUCCAACGGCAAGGACGACGAAGAGCAGAUCCAGAAGUGGGAAGUCCUCCAGACCAACAAGAUGCCCAUUGAAGAAGUCGAAAGGCGCCGGGCCCAGCUGCGCUUGGAGCGCGAGCUCCUCUUCCGCGAAGAGGUGCGCGCCAAGCGCAUCAAGAAGAUCAAGAGCAAGGCCUACCGCCGCGUCCACCGCAAAGAGCGCGAGAGGCUACUCGAGAAGGAGCGCGACCAGCUCAAGGCGGACGGUGUUGACCUCUCUGAGGAAGAGCGCGAGCACAACGAUCGCCGCAGGGCGGAGGAGCGCAUGGGCGCCAAGCACCGCGAGGGCAAAUGGGCCAAGGGCAUCAAGGCUACGGGUCGCGCCGUCUGGGACCAGGACGCGCUCGCUGGUGUCACCGAGAUGGCGAAACGCAAUGAGGAGCUCAGACGCCGAAUCGAAGGCAAGCAGGUUCGCGACUCGGACGAUGAGGGGUCUGAUGUGCCGAGUGACGGUAACGAGAGCGAGGAGGAGAGCGAGGCCGACGACGACGAGCUUCUGCAGCGCCAACUCGGACAGCUGGAGAACCCGUUCUCCGAGAAGGGCUCGAAGCUGGGGCAAAUGGCCUUCAUGCAGAAGGCUGAGGCGGCGAAGCGCUCAGAGAACAACCAGGCGAUUGAGAGCAUGCGUCGCGAGCUGGCGGGCGAGGACAGUCAGGACGAGGUCGAAGACAAUGCCACCCGUGUUGGGCGGCGCAAGUACAGGCCUGGAAAGGUCGUCACACCGGCUGUGCAGGUCAAGGGCAGCGAGUUCGAGGAGCAUGUUGGCUCUGAUGAGGAGGCGGACGGGACUACCCCGAACGGGCUCUCCAACGGUGCCCGCAAGGCCGAGAAGCCCAAGAAUCCCUUCUCGACGGGCCAGUCGAACGGCACACGCAAGGCGCAGAAGAGUGCGAGUGUUGAUGCUGAUGUCGAUGCACCGAACCCCUUCCUUGCCAAAGCAGCCAAAGCGAAGAAAGGCAAAAAAAACGACGCGGCCGCCGAAAACGACCUCCUCCCUUUUACCGACUUUGCAGAUGAAGACGAGCCGGAAUCUACAUCCAAGCCUUCUGCUGAAGAGAGUGUUGACGACUUCCUCCAACAGCGCAUCACCGCCACAGACGACGACGGCUGGGCCACCGUGCUCGGCGACCAAGACUCGGACCACGACGCCCAAGCCGACUCAGACGAAGGGGACGACCUCGACCUCACAAACCUCACCCGCAACCACCUCCUCACCGCCAAGGGUUUCGCCGGCGACAACGUAGCCGCCGACUUCCGCCUCGAAAAAGACACCACAACAAAAGACGAAGCCGCCAAAGAAACCACCACCGUCCUUCCCGGCUGGGGCUCGUGGGCCGGCGACGGCAUGACGAAAGCCGAAAAGCGGCGCAACCGGGGCUGGAAGACCACGACGCAAACCCCUGGCAUCGACGCCUCGAAGCGCAAAGACCGCAACCUCGAGCGCGUCAUCAUCAACGAGAAGACGGUCAAGCCGAACAAAAAGUACCUGGCUAGCAGCUUGCCGUUCCCGUUUGAGAGCAAGGAACAGUAUGAACGCAGCCUCAGACAGCCGAAGGGACGCGAGUGGACCACCAAGAAGAGUCAUCAGGAUGCGGUACUCCCGAGGGUGUUGAUUAAGGGGGGUGUUAUUGGGGCGAUGCGGAAGCCGCUGGUUUAG